AUAAUUGCAGCUGCAUGUCUCAUGCUUAUGACGAUGGUGCAGAGGGUCCAUACAGUCGCGCAGUGGCUUCCUCGUCGACCGCUGUCCGGGUGCACACCGGUCCUUCCACCUCUGUCAUAUGAUCUUACCGACAAAUAACCGCAAGACUUCUCAAUGACGACUUCACUUUCGAUAUUAGAGAUGGAAAUUAUGCCACUGACGCAGAACCAUUAUUCCAAUUGCAACCCGCAAAUACAGCGGGAGUCGUCUUAUGAUUAUGCAGGUAUUAACAAUUAUUGCAGUCGUCAGGCAAUGCAUCCCUUCGGAAGCGAAGAAGCCUCGUUCUCCGUGAGAUUUUAAAAUCGAUCAUGCGGUGCAAGUGUUAAACUUUCUGAUCUCGCCCAUAUUCACCAUAUGAACAAUUCAGGACAGACUGUUCAAGACGUCAGCGACUAGAUGAUGACGAUGGUGAUAGUGAUAACUCUCAGCUAUGGGGGCAACUGGAUGGCUCGAGAUACGUGCCAACAGGAAGAAACGUGCAGCCAGAGGGAGAAGGAUGAGGUGGCCUCCGGUCAUGUGACCACUGUCAUUCACAGGAUCUGCCGGCGAAUAAUGGUUUUUGCGGACGUUGGCUGGUGCACCCACCGCAGAUAAGUGCAUCCGAAGCCGAUCUGCUUCCAGUCCAUAAGAGUCCUUCUGCUCCACCAAUCAACUAGUGGUA